CUGCGACCUCGAUCUGGGUCUACAUGACUUGAGGACUAGUUGUAACCCUAUGGAGAAGUGCGAAUCUAGAACUGUUUACUUUCUGGUGAAAUUUGUUGGUGGCGGCCCGGGACAUGGCCUAUAUGAAGUAAAGAUAGAAAGAGGGAAAAUUUUAGGAAAACUUGGUGGAUUACUUGAUCCUUUAUGCAAGUUUUUUGAUAGGAGCAAUCCUGAGAUUCCCAAGGAAUAUCUUUUGAGUGCUACUAGGUUCGGCAGCCGCUCCGGAUUGUACUUAUUGCAACACGAAGGGCCUGGUGGCUGGUGGCUCAGGGAGAGCAGCACCCGCAGCCAUAACUCGUAUGAAGGACGGAUAUUUGACACAAUGAGCAAGAAAUUGAUGCCAUUUAAGAAGAUGCCUAGCGUUAAGAAAGCUGCAGUUUUGAUUUCUGCUUAUGGCAAGCUUUAUCAUCUUGCACAUUUCUGGUCCAAUGCGCCUGACCCGGACCCCUCUUUUGAGGUAUAUGAUCCAGACGCCGGCUUCUGGACCAAACUCCCUAGACUCCCUUAUGAUGGUAGGUAUCUCAUUGCUGGUUAUGCUUUAUGUUGCGACUGUAUCUUGAUCUCUAUGUGGGGGCAUACGAGAGGUAACUUCUGGGUAUAUCAGGUGACUUUGGAUCAGUGGAAACAAAUUAUUAUUCCUACUGAAGAUGCAAAUGAUAUCUGUCCUUUCCAUGGUAGAGCUGUGGUUGUAGGUGAUACUAUAUAUGCCUUAUCCUUUUACGGGAGUAUCAUAGCAUACUCUAUGAUCAUGGAAAAAUUGGCUGACGGUAGUCUCAAAUUCUCCCUUGGAAAACAAAUCUGUUUGUGUGGCUUGCAUUCUCUUUUUCUGAGGGAUCCUGAAUGCUCUCCAAGAACACAGUGUUUGGUUCAUUUGGGGGGCUUGAACUUUUGCCUAUUCCAAACUGUCAGUAGAGAUUUUACUACUCAACGUGUGUGGAUCACCACCUUUGAUAUCGUCUCCAGUGGAGGAAGAAAGCUCAUUCGUACUCUAGAUAGUACCAUGCGUAAAGUGGCUAUUAAGGGUCUUGGUCAAUUCCGUCUUGAAUAUUCAGGAUUUUGUCUAGAGUGUGAGGAUUUAGAACCCAAAGGGAAAGAGACUAUGGCUACCUCCAGCAAAAUGCAGCCAACUGAUGCUCCUCAAUUGCACAUGCAUGAAAAGGCUAAAAUCAAAAUCAUAAAGAGGCAGAUUCAGAAACAGAGAAGAAAGAUGAUGAAUCACAGAUCAAAGAGGUUGGCCGCGAUGCAAAAGCUGUUCAUGUCAUGAUGGACAUAUCGUAAAGGAAGGGGUGUUUGAGUUGGAGGCUCGAUGUUACGCUUUUGUUUGAUUUCAAACUUGCAUG